ACUCUUAAUAAUUUGCUAAAAGAUUUAUAGAAAAUAUUUAAUUAACAUUUCGUUUACGAUGAAAUACAUAUUAGUUGUUUCCUUAGCCAUAAUUGCUCUUGUGAGCGCUAAACCAGUGGACCCGGAGUUGGAGCGACUGAAAGCCAAAUACACGGCACGUAUUGACGCACUCGAGGCCAAAGUGGAGUCCGAUGUGAAGCACUUCGAGACCACUAUUUUGAAGAACUCGUCCGAACUGAAGGAACUUCGUGGCACGGAAACUGACCUAGCUACAAUGAAAAAUGUGGUGCUAACUGUUGUGGUCAGUGUCGAUGACUUUGUCAAAAUUGAAGAGGAUUUGCGAUACCUGGAAGAGUGGGAAUCGGCGCAAGUAAACCGUAUGGAACGUAUGAUACAUCAUUAA